GCUCCGUAGAUCGGGCGCUACCUAUCCCAUCCCAGUCAGUCUUGUUCCGAACGCCGGACCGUGGACACGAUGCUGCGUUUAUGCCUCGUGAUCUUACUGACCCACCGUAUACGAACCGCACAUGUAACCGACACACCGUUCACCAACCGUUUCGACAGGUUAUACCAAAAAUUGGAUCGUUUAAACUCUCUUUCGCCAGAAUUGACGGAUGAAGAUGAAGAACAGUUGCUUUCGGCUAUGAAGGCGUGGGGAGGGUUGAGCUCGGAGCAGAUGGAUGGGGUGAUGAAGGAUCUGCAGAGGAUGAAGGUCGAGAGGACUGGGGAUACAGGAGAGCAGGAUUAUGGGGAGUCUUCGUGGGAUGAUGAGGAUUUCGCAGGCGACUACCCAAUGGAUGGCAACGAAGCCAACGACGACUGGGAUUCUGAUGACCUGGCGGACUCCAGUUCCACUUCCAAGCCUCAGAUCCUGGGGGUGACGCCUUCAGCCUUCACCAGGACAGGGCCUGUGAAGACUGUGGUGGUGUCUGCUGUGGAGACCAUCGCGGCUACCAAUGCUAGGCCCAGGAUCUUGGAAGACCCAAUGACGCCGGUGGAGCGCGCGGCCCUGCGCCGGGCAGCUAUGGGCAGCAUGAGUGACCUGCUGAAGAACGGCAAGUGUGUCGACCCGCAGCCUCGCUGGCUCAUCGUCAGGCAGCUGGCACCAGCUGCUGAUACCAGAUACCUGCCUCCGUGCGUGCAACUGCAUCGCUGCGCGCCCGACUCCGGCUGCUGUGUCAACGAGAGCGAGGUGUGCGCUCCCAUCGAAGGCAAGAGUGUUGUGCUGCCCUUCUAUCUCCACAAAGCAAUUGGCCCAAUGAGCGUGGUGAAGAUGCAGUUCUUCAACCACACUCGCUGCGCGUGCGUCUCCCGAGACACUCUGCAGAUGACCGUCCCUUCUAAGGUGCAGCCCAACUAUGAGAGUCAGGAGGAGCUCGAGAGACCCUCGCGAAGAGCCAUGGUGGAGAGUCAGAAUGAUUGGAGAACUCCCACUGAGGAACCUAACCUGGGAAAAGAUGAUGAACCUACUGCGCCUCCUCAGUUGCGCAGAUGCACAUGCCCAGGUCUGUUCCUGGCCAGCAUGACAGACAACGAGCCUUGCCAAUGCGUGUGCGACUGGCCUGACCCCGCGCGCCGCCGCGACUGUCAGUACCUCGCCAGGGGGAGAGAACACUUCGGGCUCCGGGACCGCGUCUGUGUCGCCCGAGGGGACUGCACCACCCCAGCCUGCGAGUACGGACCCUACGACAAGUCAGUAGGCAAGUGCCCCAUCAGAAGGUACAGGAGAAUGAGGUUCCAUACGAGAGGAAGGUAUCAGGAAAAAACUAUGGUGGUGUGAGGGAAUGACCCUGAGGAGUUAGGUAUUCUAUGGUAUUAUGCAAACAGGAGAUUUUCGUAGCAGUCUCGCGAUGUUUUUGUAUGUUUUAAAUGCCAAGUAUUGGUUUUGUUUCAGGAAAUUGACAUAUUAUUGACAAUAUCCCCCGAGCCUUUUUCCUAACUAUGUUGGGGUCGGCUUCCAGUCUAAAAUAAAACAAAAUAUUAUUGUCAAUAGUUGAAAGCAAUUUCUGCAUCUAUAACGGGUCAUCGAAGGCCCAUUUUCGCAUAAACCUCAGUUUUUCUAAAAAUACUGACUAUACUUUAGAAUGUAUAGUUAACAAAGUUGUUUUAAGAAGACUGUCGUUUAUGUUGUUGGUGAACUUGCGCCAAAAGUAUAACCUGCAGUUAUUAUCCUGAUUACAGCUGUUAUUUCAAACACAACUGACGAGUUAUAUCGAUCAGAGGUGAUCUUGAAGAGAAUUCAAUCCUGUUCCUAUUACAGAAUUAAUUCAAGCACAGACCCUAUUGAAGAUGACUAGAUUUGCAGUUAUUGUUGCUUUGAUAGGUUUCAUCAGAAUGAAUGAUUUAAACUGUGCAAACUGCGCUUUUGGUUAACGUACCAAUAAGAUUAAGUUAUAGUAAUAUAAUCAUUGAUAUACUCGUAUUAUUUGAUCUUGUACUUUCAAGCUCAUAUAUUCUAUAGCUAAUGGUUUCAACAAACCGUCUUUACAGUUGUAAGUUUUUCUGAUGUAAGUAGCUUAUGUAAUAAACUUACGCUAAUCUUAAUUCAUUAUAACUUAGUACAACUUAGGAAGUUACUUACGCAUUUUUUACAAAAGCUACUUAGUACUUACAAGUGUUAAGUCGGGGUACUAAUAAUUUUCAGUAAAAGUCACAUGAGCUGUAGUGAUCAAAAUUGAAUAUUUACGCAAAUGUUUUUUUUUUCAUGUCACCUGUUUGUGCAAGUGAAUUUUAAAUGAGACUGCUUAUUGCAUGUUAUUUUAUUACGAUUAUGUAUUUAAAUAUUAAGUUUAAGUAGGUGCAUUCGAGAGAAUUCUGUAGGUACUUAGUUACAAGCAAAAAAUACCUGAAAAAAAACUGUAAAAUUUAAAAUUAAGAGUGAGUUAUUCUAUACACUGUAAUGAUAACCAAACCAUAACCAGCCGUGUACUUGCCACCCAUUGGUCGAAUCGGCAAUUUGACUACUGAAAAUGGUUCGGUUAUCGUUAUAGUUAAAAUGUGCAGCUCACCGUAAGAUUAUUAUAUAUUUUGUUAUGAAAGAAUUCAACGAAUAAUGAAGCCAGUGUUUUUUAUACAAAGUUGUACAUUGUGCCAUAUCGCUAAAAUGAGUCAGUAUCAUAUUUUUUGGAAUUAGUUAAAAGGGCAUAUAUGUGGACCCUUUUCCUUAGAUAAUUAUAAGAUUUACUUAUUAGUACGAAAGUAGGUUACUCUAGUCUGUCUGUUUUGUUAUAAGUUUUCAUUAUCUUGUUGUGCUAAUUUUGGCUGUUAAGAAAAUUAACAUAUUCCACAGCCGAGUCUCAAAGGAUGGCUAUUAUUCAGAAAUAUUUCGUACAUAUUAUGUAACUAUCUAUGUAUUUCCGAAUUUAAAGGAUUAAUUAUAUCUAUUUAUUUUAAGAUCAUCUAUUUAUUAGAUACCUACCUAUGGGCAGGAAGAAGAAUUUUAUAUAGGUACUUAGAUAUCUUUUUCAUAUGUUUGCGAGAUAUAUUCUCAUAUUUCUGAUAACGAUGAGAUUAAAGUAUGGUUAUUUAUAGUUAAUCUGUUUAAAAUAAUAUACAAUUCUUCCUUAAAAUGUCUUCACUUAUUAAGUGCAAUUAAAAAACUUAAGGAUUUGCAUAGCUACUUAUACAUAAAGGUUGCUUUUAAGUUUAGUUGCUUAAUUUUGUAAAUUCCGUAAAUUGUAUUAAAAUCGCAUAAUAUUAGAUAUUUGUAGUAUUAAGUUGUAAAUAAAUACAAUUUUAAAACAUAUAA